GCGGCGGCGUCCGGAGCUCCGUCGGGAGGCGGCUCCUCGUGCGGGGCGCUGCGCGAGGAGGGGCCAGUGUUGCGUGUGGGGUUGGCGGCUUUUGUGAGGCAGCGGCAGCACCGGCGAAUGGGGCGGUCCUGCGAGAGCCGGCCGGGGAGCGCGCCUUGGGAAGGUGGCAGCGGCGGCGGCGGCCUGAGCAUCCCAUUCCGCCUUGAUGGAGGUUCCUCCUGUGCGUGUCCCUCUGCCUCUCCCACAGGUGGUGGCGGCGGCGGCGGCGGAAGUGACGGCCGGUGCGGGGUGCUUGUCGUUGGGGGAAGAUGGCGACUGUGGCUGUGCUAGGCAGUGAAGAAGAGACCCCCCUCUGCAGGUUCAGCGGGAAGAGCUGUGUCUUCAGUGCUGCUGAGAGAAAAGUCACCCAUGAUGAACAGGGUGGGGUAGAAGAUUGAUAUAUGCCCUGGCAUUUGUGUAUGUGAGCAUGCUAGUGAUGCUUCCAGGAACACAGCGCACUGAAGUCUUCUGUGCUUAAAAUGCACAUGGUGAUUCAUGGCAGGGGACGUGGAAGGAUUUAGUUCCUCCAUCCAUGACACCAGCGUCUCUGCUGGGUUCAGAACACUGUAUGAGGAGGGAUUGCUUCUUGACGUCACUCUUGUUAUUGAGGACCACCAGUUUCAGGCUCAUAAGGCAUUGCUUGCCACCCAAAGUGAUUAUUUCAGGAUUAUGUUCACUGCUGAUAUGAGGGAGCGAGAUCAGGACAAAAUCCACUUGAAAGGCCUAACUGCAACAGGCUUCAGCCAUGUUCUCCAAUUCAUGUACUAUGGAACCAUUGAACUGAGUAUGAGCACUGUUCAUGAAAUCCUGCAAGCUGCCAUGUACGUCCAGCUUAUUGAGGUGGUGAAGUUCUGCUGCUCCUUUCUAUUAGCAAAAAUAUGCUUGGAAAACUGUGCAGAAAUUAUGAGACUUUUAGAUGACUUUGGUGUAAACAUCGAGGGCGUCAGAGAAAAGCUGGAUUCCUUUUUGUUAGAAAACUUUGUGCCUCUCAUGGCCAGACCUGACUUCUUGUCCUAUCUGAGCUUUGAAAAACUUAUGACUUACUUGGAUAAUGAUCGUCUGAGCAGAUUCCCAGAGAUAGAGCUCUACGAGGCUGUUCAGGCUUGGCUGCGGCAUGAUAGAAGACGCUGGAGGCAUACCGACACCAUUAUUCAGAACAUCAGGUUUUGUUUGAUGACACCAUCCAGUGUUUUUGAAAAGGUGAAAACAUCGGAAUUUUAUCGUUAUUCCCGGCAGUUGCGGCAUGAGGUGGAGCAAGCUAUGAAUUACUUCCAUAGUGUGCACCAGCAGCCUUUGAUGGAAAUGAAAUCAAAUCGCAUUCGUUCUGCCAAACCCCAGACUGCAGUGUUUAGAGGAAUGAUAGGACACAGCAUGGUAAAUAGUAAAAUUCUCCUUCUGCACAAACCAAGGGUCUGGUGGGAGUUGGAAGGUCCACAAGUACCGUUACGACCAGACUGCCUUGCUAUUGUUAAUAAUUUUGUAUUCUUAUUGGGCGGGGAAGAGUUGGGGCCAGAUGGUGAGUUUCAUGCUUCCUCCAAAGUGUUCAGAUACGAUCCAAGACAAAAUUCUUGGUUACGAAUGGCAGAUAUGUCUGUACCACGCUCAGAAUUUGCUGUUGGUGUUAUUGGAAGGUAUAUCUAUGCAGUGGCCGGAAGGACAAGAGAUGAGACAUUUUAUUCAACAGAGCGAUACGAUAUCACAGAAGAUAAGUGGGAAUUUGUGGAUCCCUAUCCAGUCAAUAAAUAUGGACAUGAAGGAACUGUUCUUGGUAACAAGCUGUACAUCACAGGUGGAAUCACAUCCUCGUCCACAUCUAAGCAGGUGUGUGUAUUUGAUCCCAGUAAAGAAGGGACUGUGGAGCAGCGAACAAGGAGGACUCAAGUGGUCACUAAUUGUUGGGAAAACAAAUGCAAAAUGAAUUAUGCAAGAUGCUUUCACAAGAUGCUUUCUUAUAAUGGCAAGCUUUAUGUUUUUGGAGGCGUCUGUGUAAUCCUGAGGGCCUCUUUUGAGUCUCAAGGGUGCCCUUCCACAGAGGUUUAUGACCCAGAAACUGAUCAGUGGACUAUUUUGGCUUCUAUGCCAAUUGGUAGAAGUGGUCAUGGUGUAGCUGUGUUGGAAAAACAGAUAAUGGUUCUUGGGGGCCUAUGUUAUAAUGGUCACUACAGUGAUUCAAUUCUCACUUUUGAUCCUGAAGAUAAUAAAUGGAAAGAAGAUGAAUACCCAAGAAUGCCCUGCAAGCUAGAUGGCUUACAAGUUUGUAGCCUACACUUUCCUGAGUAUGUGCUGGAACAUGUUAGACGCUGCAGCUAAAAUUUAAAAAAAAAUACAAAACUAUUUAUAAUUUGGUGGGAUGGAGGGCUGGGGUAAGGGAAAGCAGAUUUAAAGCCCACUGAAAAAAGUGUCUUGUGUAAUAUGCCACUUAAAUUAAUAAAGAGAAAAAAGAAGUGUACAGGGAAUGCAUCUACCAAGUUUAUUAGGAAUGCUAAUACCUGUGUUUUCAUACUGAUUUUAUUUUUUACAUGCUAUUACUGUGUUUUGAGAGGGGAAAUUGUUCUUCCAUUUCAUGUGUUUUAACCCCAUAUACUAUGUCCAUUCUGUAUGAGUGAAGACAACACAUGCUUUAGGACGCACUAGAAUACACUCUGUUUGCAAGGUGGGUCAAAAGCAUAUAUGUAUUGUGCAUUUUUAUUUUUUAAACUGUCAGGAUAAAAUUCAGCAGCCUUACUAGAACAGAGCCUGACUUCCAAUGUAGCAGUGAAAGGGGCCUUUCAAUUUGUUCCUGUAAUUACUUGUUGUUUAAAUGUUAUUUUUAUUUCCAUUUAUGACUCCUCCCAAUCAGGUUUGACACUCGUCAUUUUUAUAUCAGUGACAAUUUAAAAUGGUUUUCUAUUUAUUUUUCUAUUUCUAUUCAGUUUAUUUUAAUGUACAGUAGUUCCAGUAAGUCUGCUGAAAAAAUAGGUUUUUGAAAAAAGAACACUGAAGAUUUUCUACUAAAAUAAAUUAUAGGCUGCAUUUGUCUGCGUUGUGGUUUGUGAAUAAAAUAUAUCUAUAUAUAUAUAUAUAUACAUACAUACAUGCAUACACUGUAAGAUCAAAAUGAAAUGCAUAUUUUUAUGUGCAGCUGGAAGUCUAUUUUUAACUAGUGGACAGAUAUGAGCUAUAUCUGUUUAAUUUUAGCUGUUAAUAGCACCCUUUCAUGUAUUUAAAUUUGUUGGGUAACUGGAGGCCUCGUUCAUAUCAAUGUAAACUUAUAUUUGGUAUAUACUGAUUGAUUCAGUAACACUUGAACUCCUUUAUAACCAGGUGAUAAAAAUGUCGAAGCUAACAUUUUUGUUUUUUAUAAAGUCAGAUCCCAACC